AUGGGAGAAUCUAUCUCGGCACCAACAAAGAUAACGGGCGGUGUUAUAUGGCCCGUACUACUUGUACUAGGAGCAUCCAUAUCACUUUUGGCUUACUGGCGAAGAGACCCAAAGAAAUUCAUAUCGGCAAACAAAACACAAAGUGCCCUUCCUUUGUCUCUCAAUUUUAUAGGAUCCGGUAUUGGUUGUGGACUAUUUGCCGCGUUUCCUCAAAUUGCAAACAUUGCAGGUCUCCAUGGUUUAUUUGUAUACGCUAUUAUAGGAUCGCUGCCAAUGUACCUUUUUGCAUUUCUAGGACCACUCAUUAGGAAGAAGACACCGAAUGGGUUUCUUUUGACGGAAUGGGUAUUUCACAGAUAUGGACUCAUUUGCUCAUGGUACCUUAGUUUGUGUACUCUUCUAACACUCUUCCUGUUUGCUGUUGGUGAUUUCAGUUCAUUGAAAAUCUGCGUUGUUGCAUUGACCGGGAUGGAUCCUUUGCCAGUAAUAAUAGCGGAGGCAGUCAUAACUACUUGCUACACGACCAUUGGGGGGUUUGGGAUUUCGUUCUUAACCGAUUCGUUCCAGGUGUAUAUUGGCAUUUCCCUGAUGCUUAUAUUGGGAUACGGUAUUAGAGGUUACACAACUAUUGAUAUGGAGAAAGUUGCGUCUGUCGGUCUGUUGAGCACCAAUAAGCUAGGCUGGCAACUCGUCUAUAUUCUGACUAUUGCGAUUUUUACCAAUGACCUAUUUUUAAAUGGGUUUUGGCUGCGUACCUUUGCAUCCAGAUCCGAUAGGGACUUAAAGAUUGCAUGUACAGUAUCAUGCAUUGUUCUGACAAUAUUCUGUAUUUUUGUUGGAAGUGCUGGCUUUCUGGCUGUUGGAGCUGGACUUCUCGACUCGAAUGACCCAAACUCAGGUUCUGCCUUCUUUUUACUGUUGAAUGCGUUACCUGAGUUUUUUCUUCAAGUAGCUUUGAUAAGUUUUGUUACACUAUCGGUGUGCUCCUUAGAUUCUCAACAAAGCUGCCUUGUAUCAACGAUAUCCAAUGAUCUAUUUAGAAAUAAGUUGAAGAUCAAAUGGGCUAGGCUUAUGGUGAUCAUAAUAAUAAUUCCAAUAGUUCUCCUAAGUUUAUUCGCCGAGAAUAUUCUGAGCAUAUACAUGUUUGUUGAUCUACUAUCGAGCAGUGUGAUUCCUACUUUGGUUGUGGGGUUUAUACCUGAUCUGGAAGCUUACUGGACCUCCUGGGAGGUCAUUGGCGGUGGAUUCGGCGGCCUCUUUUGCACGUUCUUAUUCGGAACAUUCUACUACAGUGAUUUCAAAGAGGGGGUCAAGUUACUUUUAAUUUGGAAUGGACUGUACGCAGAGGACUGGAGCACAUUUGGUGCGUUUGUCACAGCACCAUUAGGCGGGAUUAUAGUGUCCCUACUUAUAAUGGGAGUCCGAUUAUACGCCAUUGAAUUGUUUCAAAGCAGUUCAAAAUUCAAGUCUUUAUGCGUCAUGAUCGAUAAUGUGGCAGGAUUAAGCAACUUGCACCACAAGAUAACCCUUUGGAAUCAUGGCGCAACAAUGAAGUUUAAACGUCAGGAACAAGAAGAAGACGAAAUAGGGGCAUCGGAUUUCAUACUAACCUCGCAUACGCAGCCUAGCAAGACUGAUCCCAAUUACGGAAGCACUGUCGCGGAGGAGCAACUUCUUAUAGAAUUUGUACAAGACUAG